AUGGAGGAAGACAUGGGGGCGAUGGAGGAAGAGGUGGUGGAGGAAGACAUGGGGGCAAUGGAGGAAGAGGAGGUCGACGAAGACGUGGGGGCGAUGGAGGAAGAGGUGGUGGAGGCAUUGGCCACGGUAAAGGCGGAAGAAGAAGAGGAAGACAUGGGGAAGGAGGAGGAAGAGGAAAAAGCGAUGGACGAGGCAUGGGUUACGGGGACGAUAAUGAGUAUGAUAUGGAAUUUGGCGUUGGAGGAAGAAGCGGGGAAGGCAUGGAGUUUGCAGAAAUGGAUGAUGGCGGCAGGGGAAUGA